UUAACAACCUACCAUCAACACAGGUUGAUCAGUAUAACUGGCAUUAGUCCAUAUGGAAGCUUCAGCUCUAUAUAUUUUUGUGCUAUGAGCUAAGUAUUUUUUGGCUGAUUCUUUAGGGAGUUCAGGCACAAACAGUGGCAAACUUCAACCUGGCAUUUCUCUCUGACCUGACCAUUAUUCCUGUGAUCAACAAGAUUGAUUUGAAGAAUGCUAAACCUGAGAGAGUGGCUGAGCAGAUUGAAAAGCUGUUUAGUGUGGAACCUUCAGAGAUUCUCAAAGAUAACUCUUCUGUUUCCCAAUUCACUGGUGGAUGUGGCACUGGAAGACCAUCCCCAUGAGGUUUCAGCAAAGCUAGGAACUGGAAUAGAUGAUGUUCUGAGAGCAGUAGUUGAAAGGAUUCCACCACCCCCUGGAGACUCACAGAAACCUUUUCGUGCACUUCUAUUUGAUUCUUGGUUUGAUCACUUUCGAGGAGCUAUAGCUCUGGUAGAAGUUAUUGAUGGAUCCAUAAAGACUGGGGAUUACAUUUCAUCACAUUUCACCAGCCAGUCGUAUGAGGUUCGUGAACUGAGUAUUCUUCAUCCUGAAGAAACCCCGGUAACCAAACUAUUUACUGGCCAAGUGGGAUGUAUUGUUGCUGGUAUGAGGUCAUCUGAAGAGGCUAAAGUUGGAGAUACUUUGUUCUUGAAAGAUACUAAUGUUUCUUACCUUCCAGGUUUCAAACCUGCUAAACCUAUGGUUUAUGCUGGAUUAUAUCCAGUUGACCAAUCACAAAAUCCUUCUCUGAGACGUGCGCUAGAAAAGCUAUGUCUUAGUGAUUCCAGUGUAUCAGUAAGUAUUGACUCAAGCCCUGCCUUAGGUCAAGGCUGGAGGCUGGGCUUUCUAGGGUUGCUGCACAUGGAAGUAUUUUCACAGCGACUCGAUCAAGAAUUUGAUACACAGGUUGUUAUAACUUCCCCAAAUGUGCCUUAUAAAGCAAUCAUAAAGGGGGAGAACAAUAUAAAGUUAUAUGGAAGUAAAGAAGUUAUAAUUACAAACCCUCUUAAGUUUCCAGAAUCUAACAUAGUAGAAGAAUACCUGGAACCAAUGGUGACUGGAACAAUCAUCACUCCUGAUUCUUAUCUCGGCAGUGUAAUCUCUCUCUCUAUGGAACGACGAGGUGUUCAACAGUCAUCUGAAAACAUUGACAACAAUACAAUCAUGCUACGGUACAAAUUUCCACUUGGAGAAAUUAUUGUGGACUUUUUUGAUGAAUUGAAAUCUCUUUCUUCAGGCUAUGCCAGUUUUGACUAUGAAGAAAGUGGCUAUGAGCCAAGUAAUUUGGUUAAAAUGAAUAUUCUACUGAAUGGUCAAUUAGUUGAAGAGUUAACUACCAUUGUUCAUUCAUCACGAGCACAGAGUGUUGGCCGGAACAUGUGCCAGAGACUCAAGGAUACCAUCCCUGCGCAGUUGUUUCAAAUUGGUAUUCAGGCUGCUGUUAAUGGGAAGAUUUUAGCCAGAGAAAACAUUAAAGCUUUGAAAAAAAAUGUUCUAGCCAAGUGUUAUGGUGGAGAUAUCACCCGCAAGAUGAAACUCCUUCGUCGGCAGGCAGAGGGAAAGAAAAAAAUGAGAAUGGUGGGAAAUAUACAAGUACCAAGAGAAGCUUUCAUUAAAGUUCUAAAAAAAUAACUAUACAAUAUCAAGCAGAAACAAAUUUUUACUAUGUAAGUACAGUAUCUAGUCAGUUUAUGUAACAUCAGCCAUUAAAAAAAACAAAGAUUUCUGUAUCAAGUUACCAGUCUUAAUCAAUGUAUAGUAUCCAGUCAGUUUAUGUAACAUUACACAUUAAUAAAACGAAGAUUUCUGUAAAGUUACCAGUCUUUCUGAUGUAUACUAUCCACUCAGUUUAUGUAACAUCAGACACUAAAAUAAAAAGAUUUCUGUAUCAAGUUACCAGUCUUAAUCAGUGUAUAGUAUCCAGUCAGUUUAUGUGACAUUAAAUAUAAAUAGAAUAAAGAUUUCUGUAUCAAGGUAUCACUCUUUUUGAAUAUGUAGUGUCCAGUCAGUUUAUGUAACAUCGUCCAUUAAAAAAAACAAAGAUUACUGUAUCAAGUUACCAGUCUUAAUCAAUGUAUAGUAUCCAGUCAGUUUAUGUAACGUUACACAUUAAUAAAACGAAGAUUUCUGUAAAGUUACCAGUCUUUCUGAAUGUAUAGUAUCCAGUCAGUUUAUGUAACUUUAGACAUGAAUAAAACAAAGAUUUCUGUAUCAAGUUACCAGUCUUUCUGAAUGUAUAGUAUCCAGUCAGUUUAUGUAACUUUAGACAUGAAUAAAACAAAGAUUUCGGUAUCAA